ACACGGCGCUUCCUCCGCCCGCCCCGCCCGCGGCGGCGGCUGCAGCGGCGCGCGGGCAGCACGGGAGUUUUCUGCACUUGAAAGCUGUUCCUGUGCGUGCCCCAAGGAGCCAGCAGGGCUGAACCUUUCCCAGGGGAACAUGCACUGAAAGAGGAGCUCUGCCAGAGCCUGGCUGCCAGCAUCCUUCAUCUGGACCCUGAUGGACUCCAAAGCAGGACUGCAUUACCAUGGUGAUGAUCUUAACCAAAACGCAGGGAAACAAAGGUGCUGACUCCAUAACAUGCAGGAUUGAGCUGCACGCUCCAAAGAUGAGUCAAGGACCUACCAUCUUCUCUUGUGGCAUGAUGGAAAAUGACAGAUGGAGAGAUCUCAGCAGGAAAUGUCCACUUCAGCUCGAGCAGCCAGGCACCAGCAUCUGGGACUGCUUGUCAGACAAGAACGAGGAGGGCUCACACUGGCCAAGAGAGAUGGCCAGCACCUGCUCCGUCACCAACCUGAUCAAAGACCUCAGUCUCAGCGAUCCCCAUGGCAACCCCUCUGCACCACCCAGCAAGCGCCAGUGCCGCUCACUCUCAUUUUCGGAUGAAAUGUCAAGCUGCGGGACCUUGUGGAGACCCUUAGUCAAAGUUUGGACCCCGGUUGAGAAGCGGCGGUACAGCGGUGGCAGUGUGCAGCGCUACUCCAAUGGCUUUGCCACCAUGCAGAGGAGCUCAAGUUUCAGCCUUCCAUCGCGAUCCAACCCAUUUUCCUGUGAGCAUCCCACCCUCAGCAGCCGGCUGGGAUGCCAGCCAAGGAAAUCGCCACCUGUGGGCACAGAGGAGACCGGGUUAGACAUGCAGAGGUCCCUCUCCUGCUCGCAUGACCACUUCUCCUCCUCAGAGUACUGCCCACCUUCAGCAAGCAAGCACCCCGCCUCCACGCCGGAGCUGGAGCGGCGGGCAGGCGGGCUCUCCCGAAGUCGUUCGCAGCCCUGUGUCCUGAAUGACAAAAAGGUUGGAGUCAAGCGACGGAGACCAGAGGAGGUUCAGGAGCAGCGGCCCUCACUGGACCUUGCCAAGAUGACCCAGAACCGCCAGACUUUCAACAGCCUCACCUGCCUUAGCGCCACAGCUGAGGACGGCUCCCAGCGGCUCCUCGGCCCCCAGCCAUGGACCACGGGCCCCGACUCCUCAGAGGUGAUGCCAGGCAGGACCCCUGCCUGCACCCCGGUUCCAGAGCCACCACGCUCGCAGGCUGACCAGCACCAGGCCAGCAGGGAUGACCUGUCCUGUGAGGAGGAGGAGGAGGGGGGUGGGAAGGAGGAGGACAGGACGGUGUGGCGGAGUUGUGGAGUGGAUGCCGAUAGCCUCUUUCAGCUGGACGGCGAGUUAGAUAUCGAGCAGAUAGAAAACAACUGAGGAGGGAGGUAGUCCUCUCACCCCGGGGUUGGGGGUUGCCAGCAGAGCUGUGGAGAGCUGCCUGCGCGGGGUUUGCGAGGUCCUGCCACGGCUCUUCUCCUGCCAGCUGGAGGGGACAAAGCAGCUUUGCCAAAACUUCAUCAGGUAUUUAGAGCAAUUUGUGUGCGUGCAUGUGUAAAUCUUGAAAUUCUUUGUAACUACUGUAGUCAGAGAUCAGCCAGGAUCUGAACCUGCCUGUCUGACUGGGGAAACCAGGCACAGGGAGCACCAGCAACUCGCCUUCGGUGAGUAAAUGGCUUUUGCAAAUUUAGGGUUGCAGGUGAUGAGUCCAGCCAUGCUCCCCUGGGUGCCACCUGCGCUUGCUUAUAAAGGGAUGCACAAGGAGAAGCCACCACCUGUGGGACUGGAAAAAGCAGGGGAAACUAGAAUAUUGAGAUUUGCAAACCAAGUGCUGGCUGGUGGCUGUAGGGGCAGCUGUGGCUCCCCUUCUCUUGCUGCAUCCCGUGCGGCCUCAGCACCCCUCGCUCCCCGCAUCCCUGGCAGUGCCAUGAGAAGGAAAUCGCAAGUGAAACGUUUUGCCUAAGUUUAAAAAUGGUAAGAGCUGGAUUUUUACUUUUUUUUUUUUUUUUAAUAGUUUUCCUUUACCUUAUGAGGAAUUAAAGGGACCCCAAGCCCGCACAGCUCCUGCAUGAGGUGGCAUCUGCAGAGCGCUUGGCAGGCGCUGCCUGGGCAUGCUCAAAUGCCUUUCUUAUGUUUUCUUUUCCCAGUCCCCUCUCUCAGACCCAUCAGGGAAAAGCUGCAGUCUUGGCCAUUUACCCAUUUGCGGGUGGCUGUGCCCUCCUUGCUGCCUGAGGCACAGCUGCUGCCCUUUUUUUUGUUUCUGUCUUACUGUGAAGGGGCUGCAUGCCCAAGGCACGCCACAGGGUUACUUGACAAAAAUCAGCUGCUGAAAGGCUGAAAACCCAGGUAGCAGCACUGAAAGCUUUUUUUCUUCCUGUGCCUUUUCAAGCACAGAUAAAGUGGUGACCAUUACAUUUGUACAAUAUACAAUAUGAAUUCUCUUUGGUAAAAAUAAGCUGUCCGCUUGCUAACAGGUUUAGAAGGACACAUAUACAUUUUUUGUCCCUCUUUUUUUGUUUGAUUGUUUAAAGCUCUAGGAAAGCUGUACGAGUGGCUUCCAGCAUCUUCUGCAGUUCCCCUCAAGCUCAGGGUUUACUUUCUGAGCUCUGCAAAAGUAAGCAAGGUAAAAAAAAUCAUUGAUACCAACAGCAAUUGAAGGCAUGACAUUUUUAGUGGGCUUCGGCACCCCCACUGGCGAAGCUUUAGGAGUUUGUGACUCAGAAAGGGCUGGGAGCCACGGUACAGGUUUUAUUCAUCAUUUCUACUUAUGUUAGUGCACUUUUUUCUGCGGUGGUUUGGGAUGUGUGUGGCGUCUCCCAUCACAGUGGAACCCAUCAGCUGUUAUAUAGCUUUAUCCCUGUCCUGGCACCGCAGAGGUUUUGUUGGCGGCAGUGGUCACAUCUGCUCCCUCCAGGCUGAAUGCGGCAGGCAGGGCCAGCCCCAGAUAUUUGGGGAGGGGAUGACAGGGAUGUCUUUUCAUUUUGGAAAGUUCUCCAGCUCUUUUAAAGUAUCACUCGAUGCAUUGUUUAAAGGAAAAUACAUCCUAGCUUGGUUUUUAGCCCCCCUGUGGUGGAAGGUGCUGCCUGCUGGGACAUGUUGGGAGGGUCCAGCCAUGCCAGCGCUUGCCCAGGCUGCGGCUGCCCCUCUGGCCUGCACCCCUGCAGCGGCACGGCCACAGCACGGUUCUCAGCUUUCGGUCUUCCUGAUGCUCCUCAAUACCUCCCACCACUGACACUUCCCUGGUCUCGGGGCACACAGCUCCUGCUGGCCAUGGGCGCCUCCGCAGCUGCCAGCUCCUGAAUGACUGAAAAAGGAUAAGUUCACCCAAAUCCACGUCCAGUGGCUGCCAGAGCUCCAGGUGGGCUCUUGCACGUGCAUCACUGGGGCUGUAAUUCCUAAGGGCUUCUCUUUUCUUUCCAAGGGCUGCUACCGGUGGCACCCUCCCCCCCAGCCCUGGUAGGAAGGUGACCAAUGGACCACUACCCAGCUGUCCUCAGUGUAGCCGUAGCAUUCAGUUUACAUACACACAACCUGUUUGCCUUACUAAAGACACUUCUCCAAGGAGUCAUGGCCUUACACUGGGUGCGUCAGUGUAGACGCAGCCUAGAGUUAGUGAUGGUUUUGAGGCCACGGUGGUGUUCUGGUGGGCAUUUCGUUAUUGGGUUGGUGUGAUUUCAUGUACUUAUUCUCAGUUUAAGAAAGCCUUACUUUUAAAAUUCUUUUUCUCUCUCUCUGUAGAGGUAAAACAAUUGUGGAUUUAUAUAUAUAUAUAACAAUAUAUAUAUAAAUAAAGUAAUUAAAAAUAUUAAAUAUAAUAUAGUAUGUGCCUCAGAUUCAGGGGACAUCCUGUUGAUUGUAAAGUCAGAAGUGGCAUUGAUCCCUGGCAUCGGGAGAUCUGUGCCCUAUGCCUGCAGCAGAAGAGCAGCGCAUCCUCUGCAGGGGAUCCUGCUCUCAGUUUUUAAAGGGCUUCACCUAUUACACAGAUGCUUUGGUAACAACUCCCCCCUCCCGCGGCAAAUUCCUGCCGGCUGCCAGAAUGUGAUAUUAAAUGAAUAUGCAGACAAGGGAUGUUAUUCCUUGCUAGGUAGCUAAAACAGGCUCAUUAUUGUGAAGAGACUCGGUGGCUUGCCCAGGACAUGACCCGGUCUGGCCAGCAGCUGUUCCGGGACUACAGCAAGCUGUCUCAGCAGCAAUAAGGGUUCAUCAUCCUGAGAAAAAAGCAUAUUAAUAGGAAAAGUCUUAGCAUGCACACAGGGAAUUUGCUGUGCAUUUGCAGAUGCAGCUCUUUGAGCCUGUUCUAUGAAAGACUGCAUUUAAGAAAAAAACAAAGUAUUUGUAAAAUAGAUUGUAAUUUUUCCAUGUUCUAGCAUAGCCUAUUUGGCCAAUAAAGUCGUGUUUCAAGUGCAUUGUUGAAAAGCUGCUGGCUGAACAGGCUAACAGACUUCUGUAGGAUGUUAUAGGAUUGUAGCAGUGCUUUACAGCGUUUUUGAGUUUGGUGUUCGAGAAAUCAAAGGAAGAGGAUGGCCAAAAACAAAACAAAAAGAAAAAAGAAGAAAAGAAAAAGCCUUCUGAAGCUAUGACCUGUAGCAGCCGAGUCUCGCUGGCCAUUGCACAAGCACGGCGGGAUGUGCGUCCCUGGGAGGGGCUGCCCGAGGUGCCCCCACCGGUGGGGCUGCCCUCAUCCCCCUCCAUGACGUGAUUGCACUAGAGCAGCUCAGUCUCAGGAAAUCGCUUGUUACUUUUACUGUGUAAAUAAAGCUUCCUGGUUCAGUAACCCCAGCAGCGUCUCACCUCUCU